CUGGAAACCGCGAGGAGAUGCAGUCGACCAAGCGCGCGCCGGCCACACUCGUUUACAAAGCCAAGAGCGAGAGGCCGCUUGUGACGCCGAAAGAGUCGUCGACGAUGAAUCGGUCCACAAGUGGCAUCGCGGGAGUCCUCGAUUCGUUGAAAGGCAAGAUCGACAUCCUCGACCACGAAAUCAAAGCGGAUCAAAAGGGCAAAAAGGACUACGAAGACGAACUGUUCAAGCUGAAUACGCGCAAGCAAGAUUUGACCGCACACUUGAACGAGUGCCAGCGAUGGAUUGAUCUGUUUGCGUCCAAGAUCCAGCCCCUCGAGAACAGCUACAAGGCAACGACCGUCGAAAUGAGCGACGAGUACGACGAGGCCAAGGUCAAGCACGCGAAAGGGUUGCAAGUCCUCAUUGACAACUUCAAUUACCACCCUGUCUUCAAGCGGUAUAACGACGACUUUACCGCCGUGCCAUUUCGACCCAAGUGAUAACAAAACUAGUGUUUGUGCCUUCUUCGCUCA